AGUCUGUGUUGCAUUCGCAUUCGUUGCCGUCGUAGUCGAAGUCUCAGUCGAGAUCGUUGAUUAUUAAACCAGUUGCAAGCUCGGCUCGAGACUCAGUGAGUGUGCGAAAUUCCACUUAGAAAGUUCAGAGCAGUGGCGAGUACUUUGCCUUACCUGAUGCAGCUUUAAAUUGUCCAUUCAAUUUCGAGGAUAGUGUGGGCUAGAAAUUAAUCCUUUUUUCACUUCAUUUCAAUGUGCAACUUGCAAAAUUUGUGUGUCAAUGCCAAAAAUUAGCAAAACGGUUUCCAAACAAAAACUCUUCAAACAAUCAAGAUUAGGGCUGUCAUCGAGCAAAGGAUCGCGAACGGGCAACUCGGCCAACAAUAAGGAAUUAAAAGUGCUCACCCUUUUGCAAACUGUGCCGUGAACUUUGAACUCUCAAUCGCAACGCAACUGCGCAGCUUCGAUUUAUU